AUGUCGAACACCAAGCGUCGGCAGCAGCCCUAUCAGCCGCAACAGCGAUACUAUGGCAACUAUCCACAGCAAUACGCCCCAGAAGCAGCUUAUACCCAGUACGGCUGUGCACCAUGGCAAGCCGCCCCGCCUCAAGAGCAAUACUACCAACAAGCGCAGCAAUACCCAUCGGCGGAUCCAUGCGCUUACGCCAACAAUACCCUACUACCUGCUGCAUCCAGCCCAUAUCUCCAGCACAACCAAUACCAGCCUGCACCUAGCUACUAUCCUCAGCCACAACCCUACGCUGCCUCGCUCAACGCAGUAGCAUACUCUCGAGGCGAUUAUCUCGCAGUCGAAAACGCAGCUCAGGGCAAUGCUUCUCCCAGUCAGCUCUCUCCGAGUAUGCUGUCCAACAGUCACAGUCCCAGGCCUAGCACUGGCCGCUCUCUCCUCAAUGACUUUGUCUUUGCUACGCAGGGCACAAGUCCUAGUCUUGAGUCGCAUGUUGCCCAUCUCAGUCUGGGUGCUUCGGCUGCUUCGUUGCCUACAAAGCCGACUUCGGUAGCAUCGAGCGCAUCGGCAUCCCGUCCCAACUCAGGGAUGGCCUAUCGCUCACAGCUCAGGCCGCUUUCCACAACUACUUAUGCGGCUCAGUCGACCAUGGUUGCUGGCGAGUCUCGCUCGGAUAUCUCGCUUCGAUACCCACCUUUGCCCGCUGUUCCUGAACGACCUGCUACGCCGCCUGCGCUGCAUUCCAAGUCAGAAGCCGGGCCAGGUAGCAACGCAGACAACUCGAAUGCGGCGACGAAGGAAGCAACCUCGGACAAGGAGGUGCACGAGUACCUAUCCAACCUACGUUCGCUCAUCGACAUGUUCGAACAGCGAGAUGACCUCCUACGUCUACGCACAGAAGCGGUCGGCUUUCAGCCCAAGCAAGCUUACCAAGCAUGGCGGAUAGAAGAACCCUCCAACACCGAUCCAGCCGCAGCAGAAGAUGCAACGGCAAACCCAGUUCUCGGCGUGCGCCUUCUUCAGCGUCUAGACAAACUUCAGCGCGAGAAUGAAGAACUUGGUCGACUGCUUUCCUCAGGCGCCAACCUCGAUCCUCAAGUUGCUUUGCCAUCGAGCCCAGUAGAGGAGCUGCGGAAAGAAGUGCAGGAAUGCCAUCAGCUGAUUGAUGCGAUGGAUAAAGCGUUGAGUAGUGCUGAAGCGAGAGCUGCUGCGGCCGAGAGUGCUUUGGAGGUGGCUUGUCGGAACAAUUCCACUUCGAUCCUGGCAGCUGCGGCAGUGGAUAGAGAAACGAACAAGUCUCCACCGAUGACGAGAGCGGGUUCGGCAGGUAGGAGGGGUUCGAAAGCUGCGACGGCGAUCACAAACAGUGCGCCUGGCGGUGGUAAAGGUGGUCAGGCACAGCAGCGUAACAAGCCAUCAACCGCAGUCAACGCUGCGGAGUCGACAAAAGACGCACCGACUGUGGCAGGUCAUGUCAGUGGAGGAACAGGUAAGAACAAAGAGCAACCAAAAGACAGCGCUAAUACCAGGGCGACACGAAGCGACACCGCUAAACCUGCUUCCGCCGCAGCGAAGGGCAAAUAG